AUGAAACAUACGGCUGGCUUCUUCGCAUUUCUCGCUGCUCUCUUCCAUGAGGUGGGGGCCACGCCUCUACUGCCCCGAUAUGGAGAUUAUUUGGUCCACGAAAAACGCGAGUUCUUUAGAGAUGCUCAAACUUUGCGUCGACUAGACGGAGACGUCAUCGUCCCACUUCGCAUAGGUCUUUCCCAGCAAAACCUUGAUACGUUAGAAGCCCAUCUUAUGGCUGUUUCCGACCCGGAAUCCACAAUGUACGGACAGCACUGGUCGCCAGCGCGAGUGCUCGAAGUCUUUUCCCCCUCUCAGGAAAGUCAUGAUGCCGUUCGUGCAUGGCUUCUGGAUGCAGGCUUCGAUGCGAAUCGCCUAUCUGUAAGUCACAACAAUGCAUGGAUUGAAAUCCAAGGCGCUACUGUCUCCGAGACCGAGGCAUUGCUCAACACGGAAUAUCAUGUCUUUGAACAUGAUGGAGAAGAACAUGUUGCUUGCCAUGAAUACUCCGUUCCAGCUGGAGUAGCUCCUCACAUCGAUCUCAUCACACCUACUGUGCAAGCCAACACGAAACUCGUCAAACCAGUCACUAGCCGCCAGCCGCCAACCUCUCUUCGUCGACGGGAUAUUGCUCCUGAGCAACUACAGGAUAUCGUGACGAGAGCAUCUGUCGCGACAAACGGAUCCCUUGCCGGAUGCGACACGGCUGUUGUUCCAAGUUGUCUGCAAACGUUGUAUAACAUGACGUAUACCCCAAAAGCGACUGAUAGAAACACCUUUGGCAUAGUUACAUACUUUCCAGACACAUACCUCCAGUCGGACCUUGAUACUUUCUUCCGCAAUUUUUCUCCCUCCCUUGUCGGUGUUGUUCCAAAACUUGUUUCUAUUAAUGGAGGCACUAUCGACGUCGACCCCACUUCUGAUGUCGGAGAAGAUGGCUGGAUUCUUGAAUAUGCAAUGACUCUAACAAACCCACAACCAGUUCAAUUUUUGAAAGUUGGGAACCCGCAAAUUAGCCCCUCUCUUUCCUUCAAUGAAUGGCUGGACGCUGUAGACGGCUCGUAUUGCACAUCGGAAGGUGGAGAUGAUUUCACUUUCGAUCCUCAGCUUCCAAACCCCCUGCCAGGAGGCUUCCAAGACCAUUCUUGUGGUACCGUCAAACCACCGAACGUCGUUUCAAAUUCCCAAGGCUUUGAAGAGCUCCGGUUAUCUCAAUUUUAUAGGCAGCGUCAGUGCAACGAAUUUGGAAAGCUAGGUUUAAUGGGGGUCACUGUCUUGUAUUCAGCUGGGAAUACGGGCACUUCUGGUACUCAGAGUGGAUACUGCCUGGAUGACAAUGGUUCAAUGAAUCUGAAUGGUACACAUUUCAACCCGAAUUGGCCGGCCUCUUGCCCGUGGAUUACUGCUGUUGGUGGCACCCAGGUUAAACCCAACGCUUCAGCAACCGAUGCAUUUCCCGAAGAAGUGUGGAAUCAAGAAAUAAUCCCAGGGUUUUUCGAGUCCGGCGGCGGUGGCUUUAGCAACCAUUUCACGAGACCCUCGUACCAGGACAAUGCAGUUGCCAACUAUAUGAAGUUCUUGUCCAAGACCAGCCCUGGCACUUUGAAGCAUUUCAACAUAAAUGGGAGAGCGUAUCCUGAUUUGAGCGCGAAUGCGAAUAUGUUCCUAGAUAUCUCCAACGGUUCUGUGUCUAUUGACAGCGGCACGUCAGGUGCCACUCCGACUGUUGCAUCCAUUAUCACCCUUGUUAACGACGCUCGUAUCUCGGCUGGCAAAAAGCCUGUCGUGCAAGGAGAUCGCGGUGGUGGAUUCAAUGCAACGAAAGGAUGGGAUCCAGCGUCAGGUGUGGGCACUCCAAACCUCGGCAAGCUGAUCGAAAGGUGGUUGGCAUUGCCGUGA